UCUGAUUAUGUAAUUUUUAUCUUUAAAAAAGCUUAGGGAAAGAUCUUCCAAAGUAUGAACGAAGGUUUAAAGGUUCUUGCCAUCAGAGUGUAAAAUGACCGACUCUUGUUGCUUCAAGUUCAUCUAUGUGAGAUUGCAAUUGGGAACCUCAGGCAUCUUUGAAGGUUGAUAUUGAGAAGAUCGACGAAUCCCCAGCUAACAAAGUUCAGCAUGCUGUUUGCUGUACACAAUUGAGACUCACAUCAAGGGAAAGCGCUGCUCAUAUCACAUGUUCUACUUAUUUUAUGGAGCAUAGUAUCAAAAUGGGAGCAAAAUUGAUCCUACUCUUGGUUGGAAAGUAUAAAUGAACGAAAGCUAUUGAUGGGGCGAUACUGCUUCAUGAUUUGCUGCAGUAUGAUCAUUUAUUCAAACGACCUAAACAUAACCGAAUUCAGGUAGCGGUACAAAACUGAAAGUAUUCUGUAACUGAGUUAUAUUUUGUGGAAAAAUUAGUGUACAAUUUGUCUUAGUCACAAACGCUCUUGGCGUUACAAAAGGGGGUCAGUUAAAGAAGUUGCAGAACAAACAGUUUAGGGGGAGGAAGAAGAAGACGAGCUAUAAUGAAAAUCAAUUAGCAGUUCUGUUUCUUCUAAGCCUGCCUAGUUCUUUCGCGGCAUUCCCAUACAUCAAAGCUCACCCAAAGAAUCAAUGAUGUAAUACGCGUUUGAUUCAACCUUCAACACAAAGAUAUGAUCGUUCCAGCUGACAAUAUAAACCCUCGGCCCUCGGCUCGUAAUCACCUCUGUUGCUCUACUUAUUUCAUUCCGAAUCUCAUUAAAAGUCAUGGCACCCUUUAAGCACUCAAAACUUUUCGGGGCUAAAAAACCCAGUAAAAGAUUUGCCUUGCAAGACUGUUACAGGCCUGAGAUCAUCUUCCAAAACAGUCUCAAGAUAAAAAUGUUUAUCAGGGAAGGAAUUCUUAUAACCUUAAACUUUGCAAGACACUGGAAAAAAAAAAACAUGCAAGAUAAAGAACCUGCCGUCCCUACUGAUCCCUCUCCAAAUCAAAGAAAACCAAAUGUAAAAAAAAAAGGUGGAACAAAAGAUUGAUAAGAGAGGAAUAAACCGCUGUGGAAGAUCCACGAAAUCAUUAGCAAACCCGGCUGCCAUGUGAGAAACACAUGAAAUGCUGUGUUUUUUGCCGUGUGCGUCGAUCGAGAUCAAAUGAUGCAAAAACCCCAUUGGUGGCAAAUUAGGCCAACGUAUUGACUUUGGCCAACAGCCUAAGCAAAGAAAAAAAACAACAUUUCACGUUUUUCAUUAUUAUCAAUGGACAGAGGGAGCUGAGUGAUCCCGCGAAUAAACAUCGGAUUGUCCCCGACAUGAAACAAAUAAUUUCCUUGCCGGCAUUAAAUUGUUUAGGAACCUUUGACUAGUUGACCACUCUUUUGGCUUUCCUUUACUCUUGGUGAACUCAGCCGCAGCCAAUCACCACACUUUACCUCGAAAGUUGAACCUUUUUCCGCUAAACUCUGUGAACCGCUCAUUUGAAACUGUCCGCAGACGAAGAUGAGUUCAUCAGCAGGCUUGAGUUCCUCUUCCUUGUCUUCGUCCUCUACUUUCACUUCAUCUAAAUUUAAAUCCCAAUUUCCCUCUGUUUCACGACGUUACUCUCUCCUAACGGUCGAAUCUCGCGCCAGGCCAUUCACAGCUUGUUCUUCCACCACCCACAACACCUCAGGAAAAAUUCAUCAUUGCAGUUUGAGUAGGAGGAGAGGGCUGGCUUUUACAGCAACGUUGCCGUUUCUUCUUCCUCUGCAUGAAUUUAUCGACGAUGUUAGUGCUAAGGCAGUUGAGUCGGGUCAGAGUGAGUAUCUGCGUAUAAAGGAAGAGAUAAGGAAAGUAGUAACCAAGGGAAAGGCUGCCGGUGUUCUUCGUUUAGUAUUUCAUGAUGCAGGAACCUUUGAAAUGGAUGAAAAUUCAGGUGGUAUGAAUGGUUCUAUAAUUUGCGAACUCGAAAGGCCUGAAAAUGCCGGCCUCAACAAGUCUCUGAAGGUUCUAGAGAAAGCAAAGAAAGAAGUUGAUGCAAUACAAUCAGUAUCAUGGGCAGACAUGAUUGCUGUGGGUGGAGCUGAAGCAGUUUCUGUUUGUGGAGGUCCGAAAAUCCAUGUUGCAUUAGGCAGACUAGAUUCGGCGGAGCCAGAUCCUGAAGGGAAGCUUCCCCAAGAAUCUCUGGAUGCUUCUGGCUUAAAGCAAUGUUUUCAGCGAAAGGGCUUCUCAACACAGGAACUAGUUGCUCUAUCUGGGGCUCACACUCUCGGGAGUAAAGGUUUUGGAAGUCCAGUUGCUUUUGAUAACUCAUACUUCAAAAUUCUUCUGGAGAAGCCCUGGAAGUCUUCAGCUGGAAUGUCAAGCAUGAUUGGGCUUCCUUCUGAUCAUGCCAUUGUAGAGGAUGACGAAUGCUUAAGGUGGAUCACAAAAUAUGCAGACAAUCAGAAUAUGUUCUUUGAGGAUUUUAAGAAUGCUUAUAUUAAACUGGUGAAUUCUGGUGCAAGGUGGAAAAUCAAGUGAUGAUUUUGGAAGAUCAACAUUAGGAUACAGUUGUGUUUACAGAAUAUGAUUAUGAGAAAGAAAUGCCUUUUAUGUUGUUAGAUAUGAUUGACGAGUAUCCGAAGGACAGUCAUUGUAUUUUAGGUUUUAAGAGCAGUUAGGGACUUCUGGAUGUGGAGCCAACAGAAUGUUUAAAUUCAGAAAAUAAAGCCUUGCCAUUUCUUUCUGUUUGUUUUUGUAUAUUCGUUUGUUUCCAGUACUUCAUAUUUAUAUCAGGAGGUGAUUAGGUAUCAUGAUUUGAAUGGAAGAGAUAUAUGUUGACGGGUAAUCUUUCUUUGAUUUUGAGAUUGCUUUGGGCUCCUCUAAUGAGGUUCUCAUCCUGA